AUGAGGCUUCUAAUCAUUUCCAGCCUGCUCUGCAUCCUGCUUUUCUGCUUCUCAGUCUUCUCAGCGGAAGGGAGAAGACAUCCUGCCAAGUCCUGGAGAGUCAGGCCCUGCUGCCAUGGAGUUUCCAGCCCCAACACGACAGCCCUGAAAGGGCACCGUGUGAGGUACUGCAAACCGUGCAAGCUCAAGCUGGCAUCCAAAACUUGGGUGGUGCCCGGGCCACUCCCACAGGUAUAG